CAGCUCAGCAGCCUCGGUGGCCAUGCCCACUGUCACUAGCGCCCUCCCCUCUCAGUGACACUGACUUUAAAUCCCUUCUCAGCCUCUCAUAGUAGUAGAACUCUGGAAACAUGAAUUGCAGAGAAGACACUGGCAGAAGAAGGGGCAUUAGCACCAGUGCUCAGUAAGCUGGAGCCCCCUGCACAUCUCAGACCUGAGGCAGCUGCAGCACAUCAGUGAUAUCAUUGUCCUCCAGAUCCUUCUCUAGGAAUUCCUCUGGAUGCCUGAGGAGCACCACAGCUGCCCAUGGAACCUGUCCUGCCAAACGUAACCACCAUCUCUGGCUGAUUCUACCUGGGCUGUAGGCUCUUAUUAUUUUUGUAUUUCUUCUUGGAGGAUCUCCUUAGACUUUAACCAUGAAUUUCACCAUACAGAAUGAUUCUUCUGACAUUAAUUCCACAAAUGUCACUGACAAUGUGGUUAACCCCUUCCUCCAGCCACCCUGGCAGAUAGCCCUCUGGGCUGUAGCCUAUUCCAUUAUAGUGAUUAUCUCUGUAGUUGGGAACAUCAUUGUCAUGUGGAUCAUCUUAGCCCACAAGAGAAUGAGGACUGUCACCAACUAUUUCUUGGUCAACUUGGCUUUUGCUGAAGCUUCUAUGUCAGCCUUCAACACUGUGGUGAACUUCACCUACGCCAUCCAUAACCACUGGUACUAUGGGCUGAUCUACUGCAAAUUCCAUAACUUCUUCCCCAUAUCUGCUGUGUUCACCAGCAUCUACUCCAUGACAGCCAUAGCACUGGACAGGUAUAUGGCUAUUAUCCAUCCACUCAAGCCAAGACUUUCUGCUACUGCAACAAAAAUUAUCAUCUGUGUCAUCUGGGGUUUCUCCUUCUGCAUGGCCUUCCCUCUGGGCUAUUAUGCAGAUGUGGACUAUAUGCAAGGCCGUGAUGUGUGCUACUUGGACUGGCCAGGCUAUGAAUUGAAUCGAAAGUAUGAAAAAAUGUACCAAGUGUCUGUUUUUUGCCUGAUCUACGUACUGCCUUUGCUGGUGAUAGGGUGUGCAUACACCUUCAUUGGUAUGACUCUGUGGGCCAGUGAGAUCCCUGGAGACUCAUCAGACCGAUACCACGAACAGGUGGUAGCAAAACGCAAGGUGGUGAAGAUGAUGAUCGUGGUAGUUUGCACAUUUGCAGUUUGCUGGUUGCCGUAUCAUAUCUACUUUCUUCUGCAAACCCUCAGUUACACAAAUCAGAAAUUCUACCAGCAACUUUACCUGGCCAUUAUGUGGCUUGCGAUGAGCUCCACCAUGUACAACCCCAUAAUUUACUGUUGUCUGAAUGACAGGUUUCGCAUAGGCUUUAAGCACGUCUUUCGAUGGUGCCCGUUCAUCCGUGCGGGUGAGUAUGAAGGUCUGGAAAUGAAAUCUACACGCUACCUUCAAAACCAGAGCAGCAUGUACAAAAUCAGUCGUAUCGAAACCACCGUAUCGUCUGUCCUAAGUGCCAACGACGAAGAAGCAGAAGAGAAUGGGAAGAUCAACAAACGUCUGUCAUUGGACCUCACCUCCAAUGGUUCUUCUCGCAGUGUCUGUAAGACCAUGUCUGACUCAUCCAGCUUCUACUCAAAUAAUUUAUCAUAAGUUAUGUCUCAUCAACACUAGGAUAUCCCUAGGUGUUCAUUCCAUGGUUCGAACCUCCGCUAGGCUGCUUAACCCUUACUAAGGGGUUCUAUAAUUUUCUAUCCAUCUUUGCCCUGACUACAAGUCAAAUCAAUUUUGUUUACAAUUUCAGGGUCUUUUUUUGUUAAUUUUCUCAUUGAGAAAUGUUUACAUCCUAGCAAAUUUUCUGUCUUUAGAGAUUUUUUUCGAUUUUAAAUAUGCCAAACAUUCAGGUCUAGGAAAUACUGACCCUAUUAUGGCCAGUUGUAACCUGUUUACAUUUUCCACACAUGCAACAAAUCCCAACAGAAAAUCUUAAAAUUUCAGUAAAUUUACACCUCAGGGAGUACCACAGUAUCCCGAAUUAUCACAAGAGAUUUUUCUUUUGCAGCCUUCUCUCUGCUUUUCCUAGACCGAGUGACAACACGUUCAUGUGUCAUGUGGCCUAGAAGCAACUCAGCCCCAUGCAAGUAAAUGUGGCUGCGCAUGAUACCAAGCACAGCUGCAAUACUAUGUACAGCACUGUGCUUGGUGAGCUUCAAAAAGGUCUUCCGGUGCCUUCUCAAAAUAGCUAAUCAGCAGGGGUUCCAGAGGGUCGGACCCCCACCGAUUAGAUACUGAUGACCUAUCCAGAGGAAUAGGUCAUUACAAAAAUCUCAGAAAACCCUUUUAACUCUCCUCCAGAAGGAAGAAAAUUGUCUCUCAUAAGCCACCUUUAGGUUGCUACCCUGUAAGCCAAUGUCCAACCCAUUAAAGAGCCUUGGAACAGAGAAUUUAGACAAACUAUAGACUCCUCCAAAAGAAAGUAACACAUCUGUAGAAUGCUGUUUUGGGGUUCUUGCUCCCUAUCAGUACACAGCAGUGUAAUGGUUGGCAGCAUGAGAGGUCUUUGAUGUAGCUCUCAGGGAGUACCGUUUCUGCUUGCAGAUGACCAGUUGCAGUAGGGUGUCUUAUAGGCCAUAGGGUGUCUUAUAGGCAGUAGGGUGUCUUAUAGGCAAUGUUACCUCUCCUACAGGAGGAAGAAAACUUUCUUCCUAAAGCCACCUAUAGGCAGCUACCCUGUAGGCCAAUGACCACCCCAUUAAAGAGUCUUGAAACUUGACUAAGGAUUUUAGCCAAACCAGAGACUAUUUGUUGACCGCUGUUUUCGGGAGUCAAUACAGAGCCAGGUACUAGUUGGCUAGGUGAUAGGCCUUUGAUGUAGCUCUUGGAGAAUACUUUCUCCUGCGGAGAUCAUGCUAGGGGAGGGAGACCACAUGAAGUUGAGCCAUGAUCAACCCUGAUGAGGGAUAAUCACUUUCCUAGGUCUAUGAAGUACACUCAUUCUGUCUGUAGGAUGUUGCUGAUUAUCAUACUCUAAGUAUUAGAAUAACUUUAUCGCUAAUUCUAGAUGGCAGAUAACACAAUACCUAUCAUUUUAAACUUUGCAGGUGUGAAAGUUUGAUCCAAAGUUUGCAAAAUGUCAGCUAAGAUGCAGAGCAUGCCAAGCUACUUUUGUGCCAGAUGCUAUAUAUCUUCCUACUGAAUAACAUGUUGGGAUGAUUCGUCUCCAGUGACAGAAGUGAGGUCAGCGCAAGGUGUCUAUAAACACUCUUUAGUGACUGAUGUUACACACUGUUUAGAAGGAGAGGUUCAGUCCAGAUACUAAUCGCUGCCUCUCAGCGUUCUUCCCUUUCUAAGUGAAUGUCCUGUUUUUCUCUCCGUAAACUAACUUUUAAGGUCAAAUUAGCUGUUGUAAAGCACAGAAGAACAAAAAUAAAAACACUUUAUUUUUCAGAUACCUAUAACGCCAUUCAUAAAGUCAACACUCAAAAAGAACUUAAGCUAAAAACAUAGAAUUAAAGAUAAUUGAACGCCUUACAGAAUUUGGUUUGAUUUGUUAUUCUGCUUUGUUUAUUUUGGUGCAUUUAAUUUUUUUUGCACCACUACAGUGACCCCUACAGAUUCUAAGACCUAUUGGCGUUCUUUAAAUGAAAUAUUUACAGAUUAGUUCAUAACUUGUAAUAACUGAAAGUGAAGUGGAAAAAAAACAUACAUACCAUGGCCCAUUAGGAUGAUCAUGACCUGAUUUAACACUUCUGUAUGAAGGCAAGGUAGAUAAUAUAAGAAUGUAAGUUUGUUAACUGAUAAAAUAUGAUUUAAUAUUUUAAUGUAGGUUUGUCAAUUAAAAGCCAGUCUCUAUCUUCCCUACAGCUGGGAGCUGUGUUGGUGGCCACUACUUAUACAUACUGUAGGACCAGCACAUCAGGGAAUUAACUUGAGGGGCUCAUAAGCCUUCAAUUUAAUACAGUACUCAAUACAUUAAAGUUGCAGAAUGAAUUCUAUUUAAAUACAACUUGUUAACUCAGCUGAAGCAAAGUUAGUAAUGGCUCUUUAUUACCUGGGGCCCCAGACUACUCCAGAGUCCAUCCUGGAGUAUUGUCACCUGAUGGACAUGUGUUCUGGACAACUCUCCCUAAUUACUAUGGGCAUGAAAUCUGACUGCCAUACAUUACUGUAGUCUUUACUUUCCAAAAAGCCCACAUAGUCUAAAUGCAUCAAGUAAAUUAUACAUGCGACUAGUAAAUAUAAAAGAGUUCAAUUGUAUUAAAUUAUCGUUAAAGCUGCAAGAAUUCUUCUUUAAAGGGGUAUUCCCAUCUCAGACAAUGGGGGCAUAUCGCUAGGAUAUGCCCCCAUUGUCUGAUAGGUGCAGGUCCUACCACUGGAACCCGCACCUACAACGAGAACGA